AUGGGCUGCCUUAUGGGAACCUUGGCAUAUCUUCUUGUCGCUUCCACUGUUCCAGGGCCUGGAGGAAAGGAGGAGAUGGCUGGCCAGCCGAUGCCUUACGCCGCGAACUACAACUACCCAAACCAGGGGUACGGUGGCUACCAGCAAGUCUAUGAGCAGCAGUAUGCACCGGGACAGGUCUGCCAGCCUAACAGAUACGAGAAU